GCGCAUAUUCUUCUCGUGCACCUCUCUAGUUAUCGUGUAGUUAUCGUCAUCACACACGCAUCCCAUUCCUAUAUAUAUAAGGCCACAAUCCUCAUCAUACUUCUCCAAUGCUCUUGCAAUCUCCUCUGGGAACCCUAACACAAUCGAAGAUCCUGAAGAACUUCUAGUUGAUUCUUUCUUAUUUGAGGAAUUAUACAGGUUCAGGGAAAAUUCUGUAUAAUGCCAUCUGCUGAUGCUGAGACAUCUGAGCAAGACAGAGAACCAUUUGUGGAGGUUGACCCAUCAGGAAGAUUUGGCAGGUACAGCGACCUGUUGGGCACUGGUGCUGUUAAGAAGGUCUAUAGGGGAUUUGACCAAGAAGAAGGCAGGGAUGUGGCCUGGAACCAAGUAAAGCUAAGGAACUUCAGUGGAGACCCAUCCGUCCUCAAGAGGUUGUUGUCGGAAAUAGAACUGCUACAGACACUGGAGAACGAGAACAUCAUUGUUCUCUACAGUUUCUGGAGGGAUACUGAAAACAGCACCUUGAAUUUUAUUACAGAGGCAUGUGCCUCGGGUAAUCUGAGGGAUUACCGGAAGAAGCAUAGGCGUGUCUCGCUCAAGGCCUUGAAGAAUUGGUCAAGACAAAUUCUGAGGGGAUUGGAGUAUCUCCAUACUCAUGAGCCGUGCAUCAUUCAUAGGGAUCUUAAUUGCAGUAACAUCUUCAUAAAUGGAAAUAUUGGAAAGGUUAAGAUCGGUGACUUGGGUUUAGCAGCAGUAGUAGGGAAGAACCAUGCUGCUCACACGUUACUAGGAACACCAGAAUAUAUGGCUCCAGAGCUGUAUGAGGAGGAUUACAAUGAGUUGGUGGACAUAUACUCAUUUGGAAUGUGUUUGCUUGAAAUGGCGACAAUGGAAAUACCGUAUAGCGAGUGCGACAGUAUUGCUAAAAUAUACAGGAAGGUUACAGGUGGUGUGAUGCCUCAAGCGUUCACCAAAGUAAGCGAUCCGGAAGUAAAAGCAUUCAUCGAAAGAUGCAUUGGGAAACCACGAGAAAGGCCUUCUGCCUCCGAUCUUCUCAAGGACCCAUUUCUUAUCCACAGUGAGGAGAGCGAUGGUAGUUCUUAAGCACGCGACUCGUUCAUGCGCUUUUUCUGUCGGAUCUUGUGUAUAUAUUAAUAUCGUAUUCUUUGAUUUUGAGUUUGCAUUCAGUUUAGUUGUUUUUACAUGUUGAUGUAGAGAAAAAGGGUUUCAAAUAGUUUGAAGUUGAGUGAUGAAUGUAAUUGGGCUUGUUUUCAUUCCAUUUUCAAGACCUCUUCUUAUAUAA